AUGGUAAAAAGUAUAUGGUCUUAUAUUGAUCAUAAUAUCUCUUCAGACGAUCUGACAGUGGUGGCGGUGGAGGGCUGCAAUAAUGAGACGUUACUCUUUGGGUCUAUUUAUAUGCCACACGAUGAAGAAGCACCACAGAAAGAACUUCGGAAGCUGGUAGAAACAGCUGCCAGAAAGAAACACGGUCUGGUGGUAGGAACGGACGCAAACGCACAUCACACGGUCUGGAGUAGUACAGACAUAAACGACCGAGGUGAGUCACUAUUUAACUACAUUCUUCAGAGUAGCUUAGAAACAGCCAAUAGAGGUGAAGAACCAACAUAUGUUGGACCAACCUCAAAGAAUGAAGUGGGUUUAACACUCUACACAAGUAAGCAAGUUAUGGUGCAUGAAUGUGAAGUGUUGAGUAGGCUCUCAUUCCCUGAUCCCGGAUGCAUAAGCUUUCAGGUUAUAUUCCGCUCAAAACACGAACUUAUAUCCUUUAGAGCUCAUAAGAAUACGAACUGGAACUUGUAUAGGAAUAUACUACCAAAAAAACCAAUCAUACCACGGAACGGCAGGUCACACGUCGCACUUGAGAAAGGAGUUGAAUUGUUUGUAACUACUCUCGUCAAAGCCUUCAAAAGAUCCUGCCCCCCAACACGUAAUAGACGCAAGGUGAAGCCUCCUUGGUGGAGCAAGGAAUUAGGAGCUGAAAGGCGUAGGGUACAUGAAUUCUAA